AUCUAGCUCUGUGUUCUCUACCCUCUCUUAGUGUCUGUGGCUACAUUUCUGACCAGGAGACCUGCUGUUUGGUUCCCAGUCUGUUUGCACUCAGAUGAAGAAAGCCUUGUGCGCACUUGACAGAAUCCAACACCAUUGCUGACGAAUAGUUUGAGCAAACCAGGAAUGCAGGAGAAUUUCAACUUGAUAAAGAGCAUCUGUAAUACACCCGCAGCUAAUACUACCCCUGAUGGCGAAAACUGAGAUGCUUUCACCCUAGGAUUGAGAACGAUGCAGAUUUCCCUCUUGCCACCCCAUUCAACGGCUUUACUGGAUGUUGUGGCUAAUACAGUGAGGAAGGGAAGGGGUGCAGGAUAGGCAGACCGGGCAGGAAGAAACAAGGCAAGUGGCAUGAAGGUCUGUGGAGAAAAUCCCAAAGAAAACUCCCAACAGAACCUGGUGGGACUUAACCAUAAGAGCAAGGCCAGCAGCAAACAGUUGAAUUCACAACUUAAAAUUUUCUGCUCUUCAAAAGACACUGUUAAGAAUUAGAAAGACAAGCCACUGACAGAAGAAAUGUUUGCCAAACAUAUGGCCUGUAGAUGCCAGGUGUCUGGCGUACACAUUUUGGAACUUCAUACCCAAGAACUUAUUUGAACAAUUCAGAAGAAUAGCCAACUUUUAUUUUCUUAUCAUAUUUCUGGUACAGUUGAUCAUCGACACCCCCACGAGCCCCGUAACCAGUGGGCUUCCGCUGUUCUUCGUCAUCACGGUCACGGCUAUCAAACAGGGCUAUGAGGACUGGCUUCGCCAUAAGGCGGACAACGCCAUGAACCAGUGCCCUGUGCAUUUCAUCCAGCACGGCAAGCUGGUUCGGAAGCAGAGCCGAAAGCUGAGGGUCGGGGACAUCGUCAUGGUCAAGGAGGACGAGACCUUCCCCUGUGACUUGAUCUUCCUCUCCAGCAGCCGCGGGGAUGGGACCUGCCACGUGACCACCGCCAGUUUAGAUGGAGAGUCCAGUCACAAAACCCACUAUGCUGUUCAGGACACGAAGGGGUUUCAUACGGCAGAAGAUAUAGACGGCUUACACGCCACGAUUGAGUGUGAGCAGCCCCAGCCCGACCUGUACAAGUUCGUCGGCCGCAUCAACGUCUACAACGAUCGGAACGACCCUGUGGUGAGGCCCCUGGGGUCGGAGAACUUGCUUCUCAGAGGAGCCACGCUGAAGAACACCGAGAAGAUCUUUGGUGUUGCUAUUUACACGGGCAUGGAAACCAAGAUGGCAUUAAAUUAUCAGUCGAAAUCCCAGAAACGAUCUGCUGUAGAAAAAUCCAUGAACGUGUUCCUCAUUGUGUACCUCUGCAUUCUGAUCAGUAAAGCGCUGAUAAACACCAUCCUCAAGUACGUGUGGCAGAGUGAACCGUUCCGAGACGAGCCGUGGUAUAAUCAGAAAACCGAGUCAGAAAGACAGAGGAACCUGUUCCUCAGGGCGUUCACGGACUUCCUGGCCUUCAUGGUCCUUUUCAACUACAUCAUUCCCGUGUCCAUGUACGUCACGGUGGAGAUGCAGAAGUUCCUGGGCUCGUAUUUCAUCACCUGGGAUGAAGAAAUGUUUGACGAGGACACAGGGGAGGGGCCCCUGGUCAACACCUCGGAUUUAAAUGAAGAAUUAGGGCAGGUCGAGUACAUCUUCACGGACAAAACUGGCACGCUCACGGAGAACAACAUGGAGUUCAAGGAGUGCUGCAUCGAGGGCCACGUGUACGUGCCACACGCCGUGUGCAACGGGCAGGUGCUCCCCGGUACCUCUGGCAUCGACAUGAUCGACUCCUCCCCGGGCGCCGGCGCCAGGGAGCGAGAAGAGCUGUUUUUCCGGGCCCUGUGUCUGUGCCACACCAUCCAGGUGAAGGAUGACGAUGACGUGGACGGCCCGAGGAAGUCACCAGACUCGGGGAAAUCCUGUGUGUACAUCUCGUCUUCUCCCGACGAGGUGGCCCUCGUCGAGGGUGUCCAGAGACUUGGCUUCACGUACCUGCGGCUGAAGGACAACUACAUGGAGAUCUUAAAUAGGGAGAACGAUGUGGAAAGGUUUGAAUUGCUGGAAAUUUUGAGUUUUGACUCAGUAAGAAGGAGAAUGAGUGUGAUUGUAAAAUCUGCUACAGGAGAAAUUUAUCUGUUCUGCAAAGGAGCAGAUUCUUCAAUAUUUCCCCGAGUCAUAGAAGGCAAAGUCGACCAGAUCCGGGCCAGAGUGGAGCGCAAUGCAGUGGAGGGACUUCGAACCUUGUGCGUUGCCUACAAAAGGCUUAUUCCAGAAGAAUAUGAAGGUGUUUGUGCACUGCUGCAGGCUGCCAAAGUGGCUCUUCAGGACCGAGAGAGGAAGCUAGCAGAGGCCUACGAACAAGUAGAGAAGGACCUCAUCCUGCUCGGUGCCACGGCUGUGGAGGACAGGCUCCAGGAGAAAGCUGCUGACACCAUAGAAGCCCUGCAGAAGGCCGGGAUCAAAGUCUGGGUUCUCACCGGGGACAAGAUGGAGACGGCAGCUGCCACCUGCUAUGCCUGCAAGCUGUUCAGGAGGAACACGCAGUUGCUCGAGCUCACCACCAAGAAGAUCGAGGAGCAGAGUCUACACGACGUCCUGUUUGAGCUGAGCAAGACCGUCCUGCGCCACAGCGGGAGCCUAACCAGGGACAACUUCUCAGGGCUCUCGGCCGACAUGCAGGACUACGGUUUGAUCAUCGACGGAGCGGCGCUGUCCCUGAUCAUGAAGCCCCGUGAGGACGGGAGCUGCGGCAACUACCGGGAGCUCUUCCUGGAGAUCUGCCGGAACUGCAGCGCCGUGCUGUGCUGUCGCAUGGCGCCCCUGCAGAAGGCUCAGAUUGUUAAAUUAAUCAAACUUUCGAAAGAGCACCCUAUUACUUUAGCUGUCGGCGAUGGCGCCAACGACGUCAGCAUGAUCCUGGAGGCGCAUGUGGGCAUCGGCGUCAUUGGGAAGGAAGGUCGUCAGGCCGCAAGGAACAGCGACUAUGCGGUCCCGAAAUUUAAGCACCUGAAGAAGAUGCUGCUCGUUCACGGGCAUUUCUAUUACAUCAGGAUAUCAGAGCUCGUGCAGUACUUCUUCUAUAAGAAUGUCUGCUUCAUUUUCCCUCAGUUUUUAUACCAGUUCUUCUGUGGAUUUUCACAACAGACUUUGUAUGACACUGCCUACCUGACUCUCUACAACAUCAGCUUUACCUCCCUCCCGAUCCUUCUGUACAGCCUGAUGGAACAGCACGUCAGUAUCGACACGCUGCGGAGAGACCCCUCCCUCUACAGAGAUAUCGCCAAGAACGCUCUGCUCCGUUGGCGCGUGUUCAUCUACUGGACAUUCUUAGGAGUAUUUGAUGCUCUGGUAUUUUUCUUUGGUGCUUACUUCAUGUUUGAAAACACAACAGUGACCAGCAAUGGACAGAUCUUUGGAAACUGGACCUUUGGGACGCUGGUGUUCACUGUGAUGGUAUUUACGGUCACACUAAAGUUGGCGCUCGAUACGCACUACUGGACUUGGAUAAACCACUUUGUCAUCUGGGGGUCCCUGCUGUUCUACGUUGUCUUCUCCCUCCUCUGGGGAGGGAUUAUCUGGCCGUUCCUGAAUUACCAAAGGAUGUACUAUGUGUUCAUCCAGAUGUUGUCCAGCGGCCCUGCCUGGCUGCUCAUCAUCCUGCUCAUCACUGUCAGCCUCCUUCCUGACGUUCUCAAAAAAGUCCUGUCCAGGCAGCUGUGGCCCAGUGCCACAGAGAGAGUCCAGAGCACAUGUGUGCGCGGCCAGGACUGCCUCCCCGAACUCACUCUCCUGGCCUACCCGCAGAGCCCCAGCCCCUGGGCCGUGUGGCCAGGCCCGCACACAAAGCAGGGGACGCUGAUGUGGUCUCCCCUCGCCGGUCUCCUGCACAGCCACCGCCAUCCCGGCCCUGCGCCCCACGGGGGGCCCACUGGUGGACAGGCCACCAGUCCCAGCCUUUGAGAGCCGCACGUGUGUGCUUCUCCCCGCCCCCGAAGGAGGGAUGAGGACCACGGGACUUGCUUGGAACGCGUGGCUGGCAGUCGUCACCUCUCGUGGGGCUGGUGGCCCCACAGCUUCUCUUGGGCAUUUGGCUGGGCACGCACGGCCCACUGCACCCUGGGCCAGGGCCUCCAGCCCCAGACGCUGCCGGAGGAGGACACCUGCGUGGAGGUGGGCCAUCAGCUUGCGCGGGGGUGGCCACACCGCCGACCGUCCGAGCACAGGGGCCUUGUCCUCACCGUGGGACGGGCCGGCCUUGCCUCUGUGCCUCCUUGUCCGGAGCCCUCCAGCCCUCGUGCUUCUGGAACUGGCCGGACCAGACCCUGGCGUCACUGUGCUCCUACAGCCUGUCGGAGUCCUGGACGGUGUCCUGCUUCAAUCCGAACCCGCUCCCUAGCACAGCUGCUUUCCAGGGUCAUGUCCGACGGGGGGUUCGUCCCUCUGAGGGAGGACUAGCUUCCCCUGUGUGAAUCUCUGAGUGUUUCCCGUCCCCGGCUGCCCCUGUGGAGAAAAAAAAUACCGUGUGUGACGAAUAGAGAACACUGUCCACUCCAGCCUUCCCGAUACAAGAUAGGAGCUAGGUUUUCUCACACCCCCAUGGGUAGACCCUCCCCGCGUUCUCUUGUCCAGAGAGCUUUCCCCAGUUCUAGGGGAAGGCUGGUGGUCGGGGGCCGGGGGCAGACCCUUCGAUGUCCUCAUCGAGAGGUGGCCUCCAGGGGCCGCGUCCAUCUUCCGAAAUCUGUUUCCGGCCCGCACAGGUCUGACAGUGAGGCGGUGUCUGAAUCCUGAGAAGCAGGAUUGCCGCCCUGGCCGGCUGCCCACGGCCAAGACCCAGACCAAGGCCUGCGUGUUCUGUUGGAUGAGUGCUGUGUUGCAGUCCGCUGUCCAGGGCGUCAUUUGGGGUGGGCAGACCUUGAGGAGGCUGCUGCGUUGAUGGUCCCGGUCCCUUCUCUGUACUGCUGUUUGUUUCUAGAAUAACCUCCUUGAGGUAGCCUUAAUGGUCCACAAAGAAGACAUUUCAGUCUGAGAUUCAAAGUGUGGAUGUGGAAACGGAUGCCUUUUGAGAAAAGCAUCGUCCCGAAGCUAAAUGACAAGCAGGCCCCUUGCCCGCUGCCGGGUUCCAGGCUGUGGCCCCGGCGACGCUGGUGAGUGAACAGGGGUCUGCUUCAGAGACGCUCCAUGCCAGGCAUUUUGGGAAGCCCAGAUUUCACAAUUUGUAUAAUGUUGUUUCGCCUAUAAAAUAUUUAUUUGAACUAGGGGAUGAAUUGACUGCAUACACAGAGGAGUUGGGGUAAGUUCAGGUGAAGUAGCAACAGCAAACCAAAGACCCAGAGAAAGGACGGGGAGCGCACCGGGGUCUCCGCCCUCCGUCCCGCGCGCCCCGCCCCCCGUGUGUGGUGGCGCCCCGGCCCUCCCGGCCGCGCUAGACCCUGCAGCAGUGGUGUGUGCGUUUUUACAGCCGUUUUUAAGAACCUAAUAUGGGUAUAAGUGUAAUACCUGUAGGGAGACAGAUUCUCUGUAUGUUUAGUUAACAAAUUCUUUGUAAUGUAUUUUUUUAGAAAUCUUAAAAUUGCCUUUGCGCUGAAAUAUUUUCAUAGCUGUUUGUAUCCCUUUAUUCAUUUAUUUGUUAAUAUACCACAUCUAAUUUUUAAAGUACGUUUUUAAAGCUUUUAUUUUUUAAGUUGAUGAACUUUUGGCCACUUUGCAUUUAAAUUCUGGUGGGCGUUUUGGCCAAAUAUCUCCAUAUCUGAUGAGUGUGAAGAUUCAGAUUUGAUUUUAUUCUCUACACCCGUGUCCCCGGUGGCAGUGAUUAGUUGAAGGCAUAUUUAGAGCACAAUAUUUCGCUUGCUGGUUCUUCACAGUUGAUUGCGAUUAUCAUCUGCUUUUUGAUUUGUUUUUCAUUUCCAUCCUUCGGCCUUAAAAUAGAAGCUUCUCGAGGGAUGGUUCGGUACCCUCUUUCCACCUGUACCAAGACCUCUGAUAAUGCACAUCUCGUUGGGAAAGUCACUAACCCCUUACAUGCUCCACAUGUCUCUUACAAGAUGGUCAGGGAAUCCUCCGUGAGUGCGCCUGAUCGGUGACGCGGCCCCGGGGCGGGACGUAGAGCGGCAGAGCCCUCCGGGAUGAGUGUGCACGUGGGACCCAGUGCGAUCUCUCACCUACAUGAGUUCCUGUUUACUUGCCUUAAACUGACCUGAAAGCAAGUCCUGUCAUCUUCGAGUGUUCGUUUUGGAAACCUCGUUCAGGACAGCACACGUUAAUGAAUUACCAACCCGUGAUCUCCCACACGGGUCCCAGCAUCUGGUUCCCAAGCCGCACACCAUCCCCUUAAGAGCAGGUCACACUAACGCACAGGUGGCCCCCACCACAUCCCUGUCUCCUGUUUUCAGCUCCGUGUCCACUUGGCCACACGGUACGCACACAUACAGUCUCCCUGGGCCCUGGCCAUCCUGCCCCCUUCCUGAGGGGACCCUGCCAGGAGCUCCGGGAGCACAAGGCUCGAGUCUCAUGCCCUGGCAGGAUGCCGGAGGCGGGCACGGCAGCCCCGGGGGGCAGACAGGGCUGUGGAUGGAUAUGCUGCAGCGCUUCCUCCUUGGGGAGACCCCCCCCCCCCCCGGCUGACACUGCCCCGCGGCUCUGCCCUCGGGACGGGGCAGAGAGGAGCGUCCGGACCCUCUGAGCCACGGGGCCUCUGCGAGCCUCCGGGAGCACCGGCCGGCCCUCUGCCGCGGGCAGUGGGCAGAAAAGGCGUCCUCCCCUUGGCAACUCCGGGCGGAACCCAGCUCGUCUAUUCCUGUGCAUUUGACUCCACAGAGUGAACGCCGACCAGAUGAGCCCCUCGUGGUAUAGCCGUGCCUGCACUUGGGAAGGAGGCCCAGGCGCCCAGCUUCUGCAGUGACGGGUUAUAGAAUUGUAGUUUGGCCUGGUGAGAUUUUGCAGCUUUAAGUACAAAAACGUCCCCUACAUGCUAUUCUAAUUAGUCUCAAAUUGUUGCACAUCAACCAAAUGCCCAGUGCAGCCUAAAGGGAGUUUCCCGGCCUUUUUCUUUAAAACCACUAAGCUCGCCGGUGUUGCACUGACUGGAAUAACCCAAUGCAAUUCCUCGUCCUUUCUUCGGAAAGCUAUUAUUUAUUUAACAGCUCCGUGUCACAUUUCCAUGUACAGUUUCUUGCCUUCUGCGUUUCUUUUGGAAGCUUCUCAUUUUAAAAACAGGAAAAAUGUUAGUCGGCAAAUACAUUUUUUUGAGUUAGAGGGUAGGUGAAUGGGAAUGAGAAUCAUUCUGAUAUUGUCUAUAAACAAAGCUUUAAUGAAGAUGUGUCGGAAGUAUUACUAAAGUGUGAUUCUACUUUUGCAGAAAAUAAAGAUCAGUUUAUAUAGCUUUAUUUUUUACCUUAUCAAAAUAUACAGAAUUUUAAUAUACAUAUAGUGUCUCUGACUUAAAACUAUGAUAUGUGUCUGCAUUGCCAUUUAAAAUGUCUAUUCAUUAUGUAAUGUAAUAAAAGAGAAUCUUCAAAAUGUAUUUAACAUGAAUGGUAUCUGUAGUUGUCAUCAUCAUAAAUACUGGAAUUUAUUUUUAAAUUAUUGAAAAUAGUAGGUGCGGUUAAGAUAAUAAAUCAGCCUCCAGGUAGUCAGGUUUAAUUGAUAAUGAUUCAUUAACUCAUUUUGAAAAAUUAAAUUGUGAUUAAACCAAAUCUUACACUUCUGUAAAGUUUAUUUUGUAUGCUACUGUUUUUAACUUUUAUUUCUGUAGAUAAAGUAUGACUUAAUUAUAUCAGACUUUUCUGCAGAUUAUUUAAGCAGGAGACUUGAAUCUGCUUGCAAUAGAGAAGAAAAAAUGU